UUUCUGCGAAACAAAACAGAAAGUUAUUCCACUAAGAAUAUAAAAUGAGAUGUCUGGAACAGGAUUGGCAUUGCCAGAGAAAUGCAAACCGUACUUAGGACAGAUAAAGGCUACAUGACAAAAUAUUGCAUAGCCUAUAGCCUAAAGUAGAUAAACAUUCCGGGGAAAAAGAAUAUCGUCUCUACCAUGGUUAACUGACAAAGUGAGAAGCUGUUUGAAGAAUCUGGAGUGUGCGGGAUGGCUGAGAGUCUAUCAGCAAUGGAUAGCUCUGAUGAGGAGGAAUAUUAUGAAGCAUCAGCUUCCUUCCCUGACCCGUGCUGUGAGGAAGGAAAGAUCCAUCCAUCAGCACCACAGCCUGACCAUGUUCCUCCACCAGGGGAAGUAACAGUUCUUUAUACUGAGCCGGAGACAGUUUCUCUUGGUUUUCCACCCACUAAAAACUCUGCUGGGUACAGACUUCAGUUAGAUUACUCCUCUGAAACACACAGCAGCAGUUUGACUGUUGAUGACUCCAGCCCUGUGAAGGUUGAUGGACUGAUACCUGGCACUGAGUAUACCUUCAGAAUCACAAGGACUGCAGACAAUGGAAAUCAAAGCAAAGCAGCCUCGCUAUCUGUCUUCACAGAGCCCAUCCCUCCUGUGCAGAUUACAGUCGACCAGGUCUGCAGUGAGUCACUGUCUCUGCAGUGGGACACCCCUGCUGGUGAAGUGGAGAGUUACAUUGUGACUUGUUGCAGUGAGGCAGACGUUGUGCAAGAGACAACGGAUACAAACAAGAUGACAUUCUACAACCUGAAGCCAGGGGAGUGUUACUCUCUAGAGGUUACGACAAAACUUAGGAAUGGAAGAUCAAGCAGGCCAACUGUAACAUCUGCCAACACAAAGACACACCUAGAGAGCUUACUGGAGGAUCUGGGAUUGAAUCACCACGACGAAGAGAAGCUAUCCCUAAGCACAGUUCUAAGCAUUGACAAGAACACCAUUACCGAUGAACCUGCCAAAUGUAAUUCAGAUCUUCCAUGGUAUAUUCUGAAGAAACUAAUGAUGGUUAAUGUGACAGCUAGGAAUGUGAAAUGUACAUCUGUAUGUGAGCCAAACCCUGGAGAUCACUUAGAUCUUGAUAAUCUUGACAAAAGUACAGAUUCAGGUGACACACUGAAUCCCCUUGACAUUAUCACGGCUCUCUUCCUGUGCUCUGAUGGUUUUGUACAGCAGGAAAUGGCCCUCAAAAUGUCUAUGUGUCAGUUUUCUGUGCCUCUGUUGCUUCCCAACUGUGACACAAAGCAGUGCACACUCAUGCUUUGGGCCAUGAGAGACAUUGUUAAAAAGUACAGACCACUGUCACUUUCACAAUCCAAGGGAUUUAUUGAACAGAGAAUUGUUGUCUCUGAACUUCCAAUGAUAUCUUUUGUGAGACUGGGUGAGUGCUCCUUGUCCAAGUCAGAAAUCCUCAAUAAGCUUCUGAGCAAUUCUCAGCAGUACCAUGACACCUUCGUUCACUCCAACAUGGAGGGUGGUGACAGCCCAAGGAGAAUAUCCAAUGGAUUGGUGGAAAUGACUUGGUACCUUCCUUGUGGGAACAAAAACAUGGAUGUCUUCAGCGAGCCAGUUGCUGUAGCUAACCUCCGUGGUGACAUUGCUUCAUUUGAAACACAAUUUGCUUUCUUGUGUCAGACAUCUGCAGCAGUGUUUGUGUUCUUUGACGCUUUGGACUCUGAGUGUGAGCUGCUAACCAACCAGAACCACAAGGCCCAGAUCUUCUUGGUGGGUAACCAUCAAAACAAGGGUUUCCGUGUAGAUGCUGUAAAAAAGGUAGCAACCAAGUUGGGUUUAACUGACAGCAACAUUGUUUCGAAAAAAAAGCGCAUGAAUGAUGCAGACUUUGUCAAACUUUUGCAGAAAAAAGUCAGCAAUGCAAUUCAAAACUCAAAGAUGAAGAUGGGAAUUGAGCAAAUGUCUGCCAUUGCCCAUGAACUCGGAAUCCUUGUUGAUGAAGACUCGAGAGAGUGCCAGACUGCCAAGAAAAAUGCAGAUGCUAUCACUGAAGAAAUUCAAGACAUUCUUAACUACAAAGAAGAUCAGCUUCCCUUGCAGGGCCAAAUAUGGAAGGACCUUACUCGCUUAGAGAAGGAAGAAUUCAGACUUCGGAAAGUUGGGUCUGAAAAUAUAGAAAAGUACAAAAGUGAUCUUCAGCUACAGAAAAUUAAACUUCGUGAAAAACAGAACUCUUAUGACAUGUCAAAGGCAAUGACAUGUUUCAUCAAUGCAAUAUCAAGCCCAGAGAAAGAGAGGUGCUAUUUCCUGAAAUGGCUGCGAAUGAACCUCGAUAACGUGUCUCGAGAAAAACUAUCUGACCUCAGGGAGCAGUACAAAGAAAAAUGCAAAAACUCUGAGAACAAAGAGGAGAUAAAGAAGAUUGACCAACAACUUUCCAACUGCUCAUUAGGGACUGAACACUUCUUCCGUGAAAUGGGGCAGAUCUAUGAAGCUUCCCUUUCCCUUCUUGAAACACACCCAGCACGUCAACAACUACAGCAUCUCCCCAAGCUAUGUGCACAAUUAAUGCUUGAUGGGUUUCCACUUGAGCUUGUUGAUGGAGAUGCAUCCAACAUACCUCUCAGAUGGGUGAGUGACGUUCUCUCUCAGCUCAAUGACUUGGUGUCUCCUAAGAACAAGAUCCUGGUAGUCACAGUUCUUGGAGUUCAGAGCACAGGAAAGUCCACUCUCCUCAACACCAUGUUUGGAGUGCAGUUUGCAGUCAGCAGUGGUCGAUGCACUCGAGGUGCCUUUAUGUUGCUGAUUAAAAUCAAUGAAGAUGUCAGAAAAGACUUCAACUGUGACUUCAUGGUGAUCAUUGACACCGAGGGCUUAAAGUCACCAGAGCUCGCACAACUGGACAAUAGCCACGAGCACGACAAUGAGCUUGCAACACUUGUUGUGGGGCUGAGUGAUAUCACCAUCAUCAAUAUUGCAAUGGAGAAUUCAACAGAGAUGAAGGACAUCCUACAGAUAGUUGUACACGCUUUCCUCAGGAUGAAAGAGGUGGGCAAAAAGCCCAAAUGUCAGUUUGUUCACCAGAAUGUGUCGGAUGUUUCAGCCCAUGACAAGAACCUGCAUGACAGGAAACUGCUCCUGCAGCAGUUAAACGAGAUGACCCAGGCAGCAGCCAAAAUGGAAAAGAAAGAAGAGAACAUGAGCUUCACUGAUGUGAUGGAGUACAGUCCAGACACUGGAAACUGGUACAUUGAUGGACUCUGGCAUGGAAAACCACCAAUGGCACCAGUCAAUGCAGGGUACAGUGAGGCUGUUUAUGAGCUCAAGAAGAACAUAAUCCACAUGUUGGAAAGUUGUGGAUCAUCAGCUAAUAAUAUCUUGGAGUUCACAGAGUGGAUGAAGAGCCUGUGGAAUGCAGUAAAACAGGAAAACUUUAUCUUCAGCUUCAGAAACAGCAUCGUGGCUGAUGCAUACAUUAGGCUGUGCACAGAAUUCAACAAAUGGGAAUGGGACUUCAAAAAAGAAAUGUACACAUGGGUUACACAAGCUGAAACAAGAAUCUCUAACUUUGGUACAGCUGCUGAUAAAUCUAAGAUAUCUGACAUGAGUGAACUUCUCAUACUAUUGAAAAACGAAGCUUUGACAGAGCUGUCUAAAUGGGAGACAACGAUUCUGGGAAAUCUUGAAGAGUACUUCAAGCAAACAGAGGGGUCAUGUCCAUCUUGUUGAAGGACACAGACAGGAGUUUGCAAACAGCGCAAAGAGCCUUCGAAAAGAAAUGGAACGGUCUGUGAAAGAUCAACUCAUAGCAGCAGCCGACAUCAGACAGGGGAUGUUAAAACUUGAUAGAAUCAAGGAGAACCACACGAAUCAAUUAGAGGGCAAAGUUUGUGCUUUGAUUGAAGAAUGUAGGAAGAAGAAAGUCAAGAUGUCAGAAAAAGAGAUGGACAAAGAGUUUGACAA